AUGCGCAGUACCCGCUUUUGCUGCCGGCACCUCAGGAACGGCCAUUGGAGACCUCCCCGCAACACUGCGCAGAAAGGCCUCCUGGAAGUCAGACAGGAAGGGGGCGCCCUGCGCGGCGGCGGCGCACGGGCAGCGGGCGGGCCGCGGGGGCUCUGCCGCAGCCGUUCGGCGAAGCUGCGCGGUCCUUCCCAUGGAAGUUCUGGGGACUCCGCUCUCUCCCUCGUGUCGUUGAUAGCUUGGGCGGGGAGACAGAGCCCACCUGCCAAGAGCCCUGCCCGCAUCCCCUUCUCUCUGAGGAAUCUGGAUUUUUGUCUCUGGCGCAUCUGUUACAGCAGCACUGGGGACGGAGGCAGUGAAGCGGCAACAGGAGGAGGAAAAGCAGAGCGGUUAAGACCUCUGGGCCUCCCGCCUGUUGCCCGUCCGCCCCGGUAUUUCAGGUGCUCACUUCCAGCCUCCAGGUGGGAGCGAUGCCACUUAGCUGGCGGCAGAGAGAGGCAGAGGGCUGUGCUCAGCGUCCGCCAGCUGCGCUCAGUCCCCCGCGGUGUCCACCACUGUGCUCAGCCACCACCAGCCGCGGAUUCCACGUCGAGGAUUUUGGCGUCGACAGCCCAGGCAGCGUGCUCGCAGGACUAG